AUGAAAAGAAACAUACUGGUAGUGACUCUGAUAGCAUUGGUGUUUGUCAAUUCAUCAUUUGCAGAAUAUUCUAGAAACCAUCCCAAGGAUAACCAUACAAAAUUGAGUCCACAAGAAGAGGAUCAAGAACUAAGAAGUGCUCGAAGAAGAAAUAGAGUUGGCAGUAGAAGGAGGAGCAGUGGUGGCAGUAGAAGAGACCGCAACAGAGGAAGAAGAUCAAGAGGAUCAUCAAAUUGUGGUCCCCUUUAUUCAUAUUUAUUUGGAAGCUGUGGGAAAUGGCCUUUCUCAAGGUCUUACGGAAACAACCCUUUCCUACCUAGGCCAACUCCCUCUCCCCGCCCGACUCUGUCGUGGCCGCCAAUUAUGCAGCCUUCUCCUCCUCUUCCUCCACUCAUUCCUUUACAGCCACUGCUACUUUCUUCCCCUCCACUUGUAGUGCUACCACCACUGCUCAUACCUUCACCACCAGCCAUAUCGCUGCCUCCACCCGUAGUCCCUUCACCGCCACUUGUUCAACUGUCAUCGCCGCCUGUAUCACCUUCACCUUCACCCCCACCACCUGCAAUUCCUUUCUCGCACCCACCAUCCCCAUCCCCUCCACCCUUCACCAUCGCCACCUCCGCCCUUAUCACCACUACCUUUGGUCCCAUCGCCACCCCCAUCUUCACCAUCCCCUCCUUCUCCUGA